AUGUGCUUGUACUUGUUCAUCCACUGGUUUAGGAUGAAGCACAGGACUAGUAGAAUGCUCUCAAUUGAAACAAUUAUGUGGAAAGANUCUCCCCCUCCCCGCCGCAAGAAGCCUCCUCACUCGGGCGCCGGUGCGGCGGACGCGGACGGGGACGGGGACGGGGACGGGGACGGGGACGGGGCUCCGCCGACCUUCAUCGUCAUCGACGACGACCCCACCCCGCAGAAGCAGCGGCCCCGCGACCCCACCCGCACCCCCUCCUUCGUCGCCGAGACGCCGCUCUCCGCCGCCUCCGUCGUCGUCCGCUGCUCCUCCCUCGCCCCCUCCGCCCCGAGCGUUCCGUCGCACAAGGCCUCCGGAUUUUCUGGUUUAAUAAGUUUGGAAUCGGAUAAUGAGUCAGAAGGUGAUGCCCAUUUAGGAAGGGUGGAAACCAUCACUUCGGUUUUUGAUGUGGCUGGGAACGAAAAGCUAUGUUCCACAUCUGUGCUAGCAGAAACAUCUACCUUUGGCAAUGAGUAUAACGAUGAUGAAGUUAUUGGUGGAAAUAGUAGACAUGGUUCCUUUGAUGACUAUAAUGGUGUAACAGACCUCAUACAGCUUGUUAAUGAUAGUCCUCACCGUGAUGAUGUCUAUGCUAAGGAACUUAGUGUCCAGGACAGAAGCCAUUCUGGUGAACAAUGCACGGUAGAUCAAGUACAUAAUAAUGCAAAGCGUAAAGGCAAAUGUAGAGUAGUUCAUGCUGAUAAAAACCAAAGCAGGACUGAGGCUGCUGCUAGAAAGAAGCAAUUGAAAGAAGAAAAAGCUCGAUUAGUUGAAGAAAGAAAACGAAAGAGGCAGGAAGAUAAGAUGCAAAAAGCAACUACGAAAGCUGAAGCUGCAGAAUCGAGGAAAUUGGAAAAAGAAAUACAAAGAUGGAAAAGUGGAAAAACUGCUUUAAAAUCUAUUGUGGCUGAGAUUGAUACUAAAGUAAUUGAAAAUGGGUUACUGGGAGGCCAUCUUCUUACCAGGUUUGCUGAAAAAGGCCUUUCUUUCUGUAUUACCUCAAAUCCGAUUGAAAGAUCAAUUUUGUGGAGAAUGGAUGCUCCUGAACAAAUCGCUGAGCAUUUAUCCGUCAGAUCAGAAGUACCAUAUGUACUAGUUGUAUAUCAAGCUGAAGAAUUCUGUAAUCUGAUAACCAAUGAAUCUCUCAUGGAUCAUAUCCAUAGAGUUCGAAAUCAAUAUCCAUCCUUUACGAUCUGUUAUGUCACCAACAAAUUGAUGAGCUACAUUAAGAAAUGUGAACAAAGCCGGUACAAGAAUCCAUCAAAUUUUAGUAGUUGGAGACGCCCACCAAUUGAUGAGGUUCUGUCUAAACUAGCAACACAUUAUACUAAAGUUCACUCAAGGCAAUGCAUUGAUGAAGCUGAACUAGCAGAUCAUAUCAUCGGUUUAACAUCCAGCCUUGCUGCUUGUCAAUCUAAGAAGGAACUGACAUGGUUGUCUGUCAAUGCUAACGGUUCAUUUAUUCCAAAGGACUUUAUUGAUAAAAACCUGAUUAAAAAAAGUACCUGGUUGAAAGCACUCAUAGCCAUUCCCAAAGUUCAACCAAGACAAGCCAUUGCUAUUUCGAAGAAGUAUCCAACCAUGCGAUCGCUCUUGAAUGUGUACAUGGAUCCAAACAAAUCAGUUCACGAGAAAGAGUUCCUGCUUAAAGAUUUGAUGAUGGAGGGGCUUUUGGGCAAUGAAGAUAGGCGGUUAGGGGAGGUGUGUUCGAGGAGGGUGUACAGAAUACUCAUGGCUCAAUGCGGAGGAAUCAAAACUGAUGAUGUUGAGAACGGAGCCGACUUUUUUUGCAGCGGACUCUCUGUGUAUCAUUAGUGUUUAUACAGGUAUCCGCCGUUCCCUUGUUUCUUACUGAAAAGGAGCUUGCUUCUGACAUAAUUCUGUUCAGUAUAGUUUUGUACUUUUGUAUCUUAACUGGAGACUGCAAGUAGAUGAUUGCGAGGAACGAAUGCGAUGAUAUCCUGCAUCAAAAGAAGGCCCUACAGCAAUCGGCGCAUUCAUUUCUACUGUCUCUGUCGGUAUUAUUUCAUACAGGCCUAUACAUUUCUUCACAAACCCUUGAUGAUUGUUCAAUUCGUUGCUUGUUUCCUUACCUCAAUGAUUGUUUGGUUGAAUGCCCCUGUCGUUUGAAUUUUUUGAUCCUCGGUUUCCAAUUUUUUCAAUUUGUGUUAUUUAGAAAUUUUGUUAGUUUUUUAAUACUUCUAUAAACUGAUAAAGUUUAAUUGUUAAAUCUGCGUUUGCUGAAAAA